AUAUUCAAAAUACAUUUUAAAAAGUGAAAGCAUUGUUAUUACAACAAACAAAAUACGCCAAAACAACAAACAAAAAAAUAAAAAUUGCGCGCUAAAUACAAUAAAUGUUGUUAAAUAAAAGUAUUAAUUUUUUUACAAAAUAUAAUUUUGACAAAAACAAGCAGCUAAAAAAUUAAAAAAAAAAACAUAGUUCAGCAAUUUCAAUAUUGUUUUUGACACAUAAUUAUAAAAAAUAUUGAGAAAUAGCAGUAUCUGCGCAUAAUAUUGAGCAUUAGCAAUAACUGUGCAUUACUCAGUUGUGCAGAAAAAUUCAAAACAACAACAAUAACUUGCAAAUUUGAGGAAAAAACAAUCCUAUAAUCCCAUUGCGUCCAACUGCAUACAUAACUUGCGCACAAUAAACACAAAACUCAUGCGUUACUAAUAAUAUGCCCAGCAACUGCAGCAUCCAUAAAAACUUACCUCCGCACUCAGUAAUUAUAACAUAAAAGCAACUACCUAUAAACAACUUUGUAAAGAUCUUUACAAGUAAAAAUAUACUUUAAUACUUUAGCAGCCGAAAUAAAAUUUAAAAUUCAAUAGAAAUUAACUAGACAUGCUGUGAAUUUUGUGCGAAAUAACGAAACAUAAAAAUUAUUCUCUCCGAUUUGUUAAUUAAUAAAAACUUAAAGAAAAAGUGAAUUAAUUUGUGUAAAAAAACUAUAAGAACAAACGUCGAAACUGCUUAUAAUUUGUGAAAAUCGUACAACAACUAAAAUAGUGUCCAAACACGCACGUGAGCUUCACGCAAUCCAAGCAAAGCACCAACAAUCUCUUGCAGUGAUUCUAAAAAGGAUUAAAAGUGGAAGACAUAACGGCAAAAAUGGUUAAUAAACAAUAUACAGCCACCGAUUUGGAGGCUUUUAUGAAACUCGCUGUCAAUUGGCAGAACAGCAAUCACAAUUUGCUGGAAGGAGUUGAUAUAAAAGGAGAAAUGCAACAGUAUAUGAACAGUCCAGCCAUGAAUAUGUAUAAAAAACGUGAACGCACACAGAAUUGGAAUCAUCAAGAGAAAAAAUUUCUGCUCGAAUUGUGUCGGAAGGAUAUGCGUAUUAUUGAAAAUAAAAGACUCGAUGCGGGACUGACAGCGGUAAAAAAUAAAGCCUGGAAGAUCAUACAUCAGAAAUUCUCAAGUCAAUUCGGAACAGAUCGUACGUGUAAUCGUUUGAAGGAGCAAUGGCGACGCAUGAAAGCCUGUACGCGUAACGAAAUAUUGGACUACAACAAUCGCUUGGGCAGAUUCGGUGCUGAGGUUGCCGAUCGCAAAAAGCCAUCGCCGUUCACAUUCGAAGUGUGGGAAUUCAUGCAGGAGGCAAAAAAAGCCUGCAAAUCGGAAGCUUUAGAUGGCAUUGACUACUCCAAGAUACCGUUGGCGCUCGAGGAGGACUACGAGUAUCGCGAGGACGAACAGAAUGGCGAGGAUGAUCACGAUAUGGACGACAGUCGCACGCCACCACAGGAGCUCUGCGAUGUCGACAUCAAGGAGGAGACCAAUGAGACCUUCAACGACACCAACACACACAAUGAUUCAAUGGCGCUCGGUGAGCGCUUAUCGUCCUCCUCGCCGAACCUCAGCCGCCUGGGUGCACACCACGACCUCGAACGCGUCAGCCUACACAGUCCAGCCGGCAAUAUGGCGACGGCCAACGAACUCGCCAACUCCAGCUAUUUGUCACAGAACGGCGCUAGCGGUAGCGCUGCGGUUGGUGGCAGCGCCGGCGAUAUGGGCGCCUUCCAGCCCGCCUUCAAUAUGAGCAACAUCUCGGCAACCUUGGAAGCUUUGAAUGCGUUGCGUACCGGACAAUUCCCCUCAGCCGCUGCUGCUGCUGCCGCUGCCUUACAGAAUAACUUCGCCGCCGCUGCCGCGCAACAACAACAGCACCAACAACUUAAUCAACAGCAACCACAACAACAACAAAUGUCACCUCGUGAUGAUCAGCCAUUGGUGAAGCGUCCACGUAGCUCGAGUGGCAGCGCUAACGGCGAAGAGGUUUUACAUGAUUUAUCCAUGAAUGGCGCCGCCGCCGCCGCAGCUGCUAACGUCGCAACGGUUAACACAGCCAAUGCGCCCAUCAGCGCCAGCAAUGGUGUUGGCAUGAGCGCCUUGGGCGCGUCCCCUAGCAGCACGCCAGAGAUGCGCGCCUUCAUGGAGAUGCAGAGCAAAGAGCACCUGAUGCGCAUGAAGAUACUCGAAGUGCAGCUGCAGGCGGCCAAAUAUAAUCGCGAUCUGGUCGAGAUCAAUAAGACAUUGGCGCUGCAGAAGUUGCAGGAGCUAGCCAGCAAGCGCUUGACCAGCUAAGCUAGGCGCGUGUGAAUAACGGUGGAUGGAAAUUGUUGGGUAACAAAGUAUUUAACGGUAGUUUUUAUAAGCAAUGUUUGCGUGUAGAGGCAGCGGUACUCAGCGUACGUGUGGACAAGCUGGCGGUAGUUCGGUAAAGCGCUGGCGCACAAUUGUGUUACAUAACGGCGGUUUUCUUUUUUCGUUUCUUGAAUUAGUUGGAGAAAAUAAUAAUUAUAAUAGUUCGUAUUGCGUUUAUGUAUUUUUUUGUAUGGAAAUAACAUUCCCGUUAGCAGCAGUUUUGUAUUCAAAACCUGAUUUACUGUUAUAUGUUAGAAAUAGUUGCUCUUUCGUUUGUUACUGUGUUGCAUGUCACAAAUUGUGUAGAAAAACAAUGAAAUGAAUGAAAUAUAACAAAAACGAAAUUAUUAAAAUAAAAUGUGAAAUCUUACUUAUUUCCUUUUUUUGUAUUUUCUGCCAUAACAGUAUUUCAAAAUAGUAGUAGAACACAGCACAUAAAAGUAUUACUCGAAACACAAAUCUAGGAGGAAUCAUUACGAUUCACAAGCAAUAGUUAGUUAACGCAAUAGCCCUACCUCAGCGGUGUAAACCUACAGACUACAACAAAAACAAAACGAAAUAGAAAACUUAUAAAAACAAUUAACAAUAAGCCAUAAUCGUCCAAACUUAUUAAGAACGAAGUAACAGCUUUAUGUUUAACAACAAAAAUACAUGCAAACUGUUUUUGUUGCAUACUUUUGCGCGCCAAGUUAUAUACUUACUAUUUUCGCAGCUUUUAAAGUAUACCUAGCGCUAUUGCACUCUUUCAUAUGUAUGCUGCACAAAUUUACUUUAUUUUUUAUCUUACUUUUUGUAGUUGUAAAUGAGUUGGCUUCGAAGUACAGACAUAUGUACAUGCAGACACUUAUAGUAGCUGCGCUUAAAAAGCUCUUGGUUUUCAAAAGCUACUUACGGCGCCUAAAAGCCGUGGCUUGUAAAUUUUAAUAAAAGCACGAAGAAGUUCCAAAAAAUAAACAAAAACACAUAAUGUUAAAAUGUUAAAUAUAAAUUUCUUUGUUUAAAAAAUUUUAUAUUUGCUCUGGCUCUAAGGCUAAUGGACACUUUUUAUUCAGUCACAAUUUAGAGCUGAUAUUGCGGAGAAAUUUAAAACUUCUCAACUAUUUAGCACAAAUUUAUGGUUAAAACCGUUAUAAUAUUUUUGAAAAAGGAAUUAUUAAGUAAUUUAACACUAUCCGAAAGCUCUAAAAGGUGCCAAAUGCAUAUUUAAAUAGUAUUUAAGAAACUUUGAAAGCUCCGUAUAAAGCUUUUUCUGCUAUUAACGUAUUAAGGAGUUAUACGAAAUACAACUCUGUGUUGCAAAAGAAGUGUUAAUGAAAUUAAAAGUUUGAAAAUAUUUGUAUAUAAAAAAAAAAGAAAAAAGUAGCACUUAAAAGAAAUAUUUUUGUACUUAUAGAUAUGUAUAAUAAAAAGUUGUAGCUUAGAAAAAGGUAUUGAAAAAAGAUUAAAAUAUAUAUUGAAAACAAAAUAAUAAUAUUUAAUAAGCGCAGGCAGUUAAUGAAAAAUAUGUUAUAUACAAUUUGUUACAAGGCACUAAACAAGAGAUUAAUUGUAAAAACAAAAAUUAUAAAUAAAAAUUUAAGUAAAAAAGAGACAAAUUUAAAGAAAAAUUAUAAUAAAAUAGACCAAAAAAUAAUAUAAUGGAAUACAAUGAAACAAAAAAUAAAGAAUGAAACCAAAUAAAAAUUAAAAGAAAUAAAUAAAAUAAAGUAAAAAAAAAAAAAAAAUUAUAAAUAAAAAAAAAAUAAAAAAAUAAAUUAAAAAAUAAUAAUAGCUAAAAUAAAUAAAAUAAUAAUAAAUAAAUAAAAGUAAUGUAAAUAGAAAGAAAAUAAAUGAAACUAAAAUUGAAAAUAAUAUAAAAAUUUAAAUAUGAAAAUAAGAAAAGUAUUUUAUAAUACAAUUAAAUGAAAUAAGAGUAAAAUAAAAUUAAAAAAAAGAAAAAUAAACUAAAAUUAAAAAAAAAUUGCGAUAAGCAAGAGCUAACAUAGAAAGAAUAAAACUAAAUUAAAUAAAAAAAAAAAAAAAAAAUUAAAUAAAAUAUAAUCAAAUGUAAAUACAAAAAAAAACGAAAUUAAAGAAACUUAAAUAAAAUAUUUUUUUUUAAUUUUAAAUUAUUAAAAUAAAUUAAAACCAAAUUAAAAUAAAAUAUAAUACAAAAAUAAAACAAAACAAAGAAAAUAAAAUAUCAAUAAAAUUAAAAUAAAAGUAAUAUAAAAAUAAAAAAAAAUAAAAAAAAUUAAAGUAAAAAAUAAAUAAAUUUAAAAAAAAUGUAAAAUCAAAUUAAAUAAUAUAUAAAUAAAAAUUAAAACUAAAACAAAAUGAAAUAACAGACAAUUAAAAGAAAUUCAAUUAAAAAGCGAUCUACUAAAACAAAUAAAAAAGUUAAAAAAAUUAAAAUGAGAUUAACUAAAAAUUAAGUAAACCAAACCAAAUGAAAUAAAACAAAAAAAUAAUGGAAAAAAGAAAAAUAAUUUAAACAAACUAUAAAAUUAAGUAAAAUAAAAUAAAAUUAAAAAAAAAAAUUAUUUAAUAUAGUAUAAUAAAAUAAAAUAAAUUAUAAAAUAAAAUAUAAAAUAGUUUUUUUUGAAAUAUAAAAAUAAAAAAAAAUUGUUUUACCAUAAAAAUUAUAAAACAAAAAAAUAAAAAUUAAAAAAUAAUAAAAUAAAGGCUACAAACAAAUAUUCCGAUAAGGAAGAGAUGAAAUAGAAACACAAAAAUUAAAUAAAAUAAAACAAAAUAAAGAAAAAAUAAAAUAAAAUAAAACCAAAUGAAAUAAAAAAUAAUAAUAAAACAAAAUUAAAUAAGAGAAAAGCAAAAAAAAAUUAAAAAAUAAUAAUCUAUUAAAAUAUAUUAAAAUAUUAAAACAAUAAAAAAAGGAAAAUAAAAUGAUAUUAAAAAAUGAAAUAAAAUAUUUUAAAGUAAAUUGAAAUUAAUUAUGACAAAAUAAAACAAGAGUUAAAAACUAAACAGACACAUAAAAUAUAAAUAAAUUAUAUUUAACAUAAAAUGGUAAUAAAUAUUAAAAAACAUUACUUUUAUUAUAAACAAAAAAUUUAAAAUUUAAGAAGC